GUAUAAUUCCGGAUAAUGCACAUUUUUAUGAAUCAAACCAUAUACGAUUUCCUGGUUAUUUUCGUAAAAUACCGAUAACUUUUGGUAACAAUUUAAAUCCAGGUAAUAUUCUGCUUCGAAUUUAUUUCACUUUAUUAAAAUUAGAAGCUGAAUAUUGCUAA